AAGGUUACGAUUUCGGUUACUAUCGUCGCCUUUCCAUCUACCUAGUCAAUUUCUUCUUAUCUUCAAGUUGUGUUAAAAAAACCAAUUAUUUUUCAUUCAUGUAGACUCUGGAAUUGUUCACGUUGAUUGAUCCUUCUUCCCGUGGGGAAAGAGAGGAAUCAGUCGUCGUCUUCGAUUGUUUCUGGUGGCGAUGGAGGAUAGUAGCUGCAGAAAGGACGUGAGGUUCGAGGAUGGAGAGUACGAGAUUGAGGAAUUGGGAGAACACAUCAAAUCGUCGAGAGCGAGCAGAUUCGAUCUAUUGGAAAACGUAUUUGGCAUCGGUACCGACGCGCAGAGGAAGUUCAGUCACGAAACACUCAUCAACGGCAUCAGAGAUCUAUCCAAAAGCUUCGUCAUUCAUCCUGAUAACAAGUUCCAAAUCUGUUCCCUCUUUUUAAUUUCAUCAAUUACAGGUGAGAGACGAAUGCCCAUCGUUUCCCGCCAAGUGUUUGUAAAUUGGAUUGAUUUGCUACGUCAGCACGAAGGAUGGAUGUGAUCAGUUUGAUUUUCUAGUUUAGGCCAUUGACAUUGAGUGCUGGAAUUUCAGAUCCUCAAUUUUCAAUUUCUUGAAAUUUUUGCUGCUCUUAGGUUCAUUUCUGCUUCUGUUGUUGGAUGUUUCUAGAGCUAUUUGUUUGAGAAGAACAUGCUUUCUUUUUUUUGAGAAGAACAUGCUUUCUUUUUUUUGGCAGGGAUUGAGAACCCAGCUUGCGCCUGGGUAUGUCGCGA